GGGUGUGAGUGAAAUGAACCACGCUCAAUCGCAGGUUGACGCACUGAUAGGGGCUAAACGGUUAUGCCAGUGUCAACUCGGGGUUUGUGGAUGACAAAACACGUGACAAAAAAAAUAAAAUUUAAUCGCGAAUUAAAAAAAAAAGUGAAAAUUCAGUGAGUGGCGAUUUUUUUUCUUUUUAAAUUAAAAUAUAAUUAAAUGUUUGAAAAAACAUUAAAAUUAUUUGACAAAUGCAUCAUGCGAUUCAUUUGUCACAAAAUUCGUAAAAGGAAAUUAGAGUGAAAUUUUUUUUUUUUUCCAAAUGAUUCAACCAAUUUGGAAAAUUGAAUUAAAGGAAGAAAUAAAAAAAGGAGAUAGAAUAAUGCAGUCUACCUGUCAGCAACAACAACAACAGGCACAACAACAAAAUGGCACAUCGUCAGCAAAUAGAACAUCAUUUUUAAUUGAGGAUAUAUUAAGUAGAAAUAACGUACCUCCACAUUCGCAACAUCUUCAAUUACAUCAUCAUCAUCAUCAUCAUCAGCAUCAACAACAACAACAACAACAUCAUCAUCAUUUAUCAUCUCAUAAUCAUCAACAAUAUCAACAAUUUGCAAGUCUUUUGCCUGGUUAUCCCGCUGCACCGCCGGCUGCUGCAUUUUUUCUUGGACCACUAUUUGGUAGCACUGGAAUGGGCGUCGGUGUUGUUCCCGGUGUCAGCGAACUUGCAGCAUUAAAACACUGUCGAAGAAGAAAAGCAAGAACUGUAUUCAGUGAUCAACAAUUGGCUGGUUUGGAGGCAAGAUUUGAAGCGCAAAGAUAUUUAAGUACACCAGAGAGAGUUGAAUUAGCCGCGGCUCUACAUCUCUCUGAAACGCAGGUGAAAACUUGGUUUCAAAAUAGACGAAUGAAACAUAAAAAACAGCUGCGAAAGCUCAACACUAACAACAACGGCAAUCAAGUUUCUGGUCAGCAGCAGUGUGGAGGUCAAUCAAUUUCUGGUACCUCGCCAGCCGAGAGACCGGUUGAUUUUUCACUGACUGGUGGAAGAGAAUCUCGUGCAAGUAGUGACGCUGUUGUUGAUUCCGACGAGGACGAAAUCGAUGUACUCGGGGACGAGACACCCUCUCCAAUUCAGGAUACCACGUUACGUUUGCCGAGACGUGGUUCACCACCAACGAGUUUUCAAUCCAUCCAUCAACAUCCGGUGACCCUCUCUCAACAACAACAACAACAUCAUAGUCAAACACUUAUUCAACGUCAAAAUCGCUGAGAAUUGAUACACCUCGACAAUUCGAGGAUAUGAUGAUAUCAUUUCUAAUACCUGAAA